CUUCGCUGCAUGAAUAUUCAUGUUUCCUUAUCUUGCGCCUGCGCAUUCCACAUAAGUUGUCACAGCAACCUGUAUCAACAACGUUCACAUUUGGAAGAUUAAAAAAAAGCCAUUUUGUACUGGACAAAAGAAAGACACCAUUGCAACCAUGACAACAGAACCAGCUCUCUCUGAUCAAAAUGGCUUGUCCUCGGCUGGGGGGAAAGGAGACGCAAAUGCCAACAACAACGCCAAUAGCGCAAAGAGGGGAGGCAGGAGUGCCAAGCGCUCUAUACCAUCUCCCAUCACCAGUGCUAAGAGCAAUCCUGCAGCCGACAAUCGUAACAUGCGACGUAUUAUCGCAGAGGAUCCUGACUGGUCUCUGGCCACUGUACCUCUCCUGACAGAGCUUUGUACAACACAUAUUGUUACUAAUUUUGCAGAACACCCCAAGCUAGAUGAACUACUUCCUAAGUACAAAUCAAAAGUUCUGGAAAAGAUCUCUGUGGACCUUCCUCUUAAAGUAGUUGCCCACCUUGUAUCAGACGAGGGCUAUUGGAAGAGAAGAUGCAAAGCCGGCAAGGAAGUCUGUGAUGUCUCCAAGUAUGGUCACAGCUGGAAACGCAUGUUCUUUGAAACACAUUUGGAGAACAUCAUUGAACACUUUGUGCCUGAGAGAUCUGACAUGGCGGUAGUAGAUAAUACAUUGCCUCUUUGUGCUCCAUAUGUGAAGAGACUCCAUAUCAAGCAGCUGUUGCCACCAGUCAAAGAAGAACCCACAAAGAUCAUGGAUGACAUCUCUGAUGCAGGCAGUGAUGCUGGUCUGGAUGGGCCCAUCAUGGAUCAUUUUGAGUUCUCCACCACGCUUGCAAAGCUUCCCCACCUUGAGGAGUUUAGUGUGACAUACGGAGUCAAGGAUUGUGGGAUGAACUUUGAGUGGAAUCUUUUCCAGUUUACUGCCAGGGACUGCAUGCUCCUCUCCAAGUGCGUCAAGAAAUGCAGUCAACUCAAGAAGUUCCAGCUCCACAGAAGCAAGGUUGAUGAUGACAAAGCCAGGGUUCUCAUCGCUCACAUCCUUGACCAUCCAUCAUUAGAAGAGCUUGACCUCUCACACAAUAUCAUUGGUGACCAUGGAGCAAGGGCCAUAGGGAAAUUCUUGAAUGGACACUGCAAACUGACCAAGCUGGAUCUAUCAAACAAUCGCAUAAGGUCAUCUGGGGCAGCUGCUAUUGGGCAUGCUCUCGGAAAGAACGAAACUUUGAAGGAGUUGGACCUAAGGCUAAACAGGAUGGGAGAUGAAGGUGGACAAGCAAUCUGCAGGGCUCUAAUGAAGAACUGUACACUUGAAACCAUCAACAUAGGCAGUAAUGAGUUGAGUGAACCAACAGCAGCUGCACUGGCCCAGAUUCUCAUCCAUAACGGCACUCUCGUUAAUAUCAAUGUAUCCUGUAAUAGACUUGGUCAGGAUGGAGGAAAGCAGGUUCAAGAAGGGAUGGAGGAGAAUGAUGUAGUGCGAGAUUUUGAUCUAAGAUUGACAGAGGUCGGACAGGAGAGUGAAUACUGCAUCAACCAGAUCCUCAAGAAGAAUCAAGAGACACACCGCAUGCUCCAGCUUAAAGUAAAGGAGAAGGAGAAACAAGAGAAAGCUUCCGUAGAUAGAUAAGACAAGUCUGUGUAGAGCUUGCAGCCUCACACUAUGAUCAGACUUUUGAACUCUUUCUAAGUGGUGAUUCAAAUUUGGUUGAUGAAAUACAUCAGUUAUUCAUUUCAAUAUUUGACUGAUUAUUAUAUACAUAUAUUUUUGCAUGUCGAUGCCUUACUUGUUGCAGUUUGUCAACAAGUAACUUCUUGUGACCCAGUUGUGGAAAAUGGGGAACUUGACAGAUUCAUGAACAACAGAUUUUGUUCAAUUUGUUCUCCAUGCAUAGUUCAAUUAUUAAAUUCUGUUGCAGGAAAGAAUUAUUAUUGUAUAUGAUAAGUAUUUCACCCUUGUAAGAAUACUCCACAUUCAAUUUUUAUAACUCCCCCUACUUAGGCGGUAACAGACUUUUACAUUCUUCUCGUAUUUUUACCUUCUUCACUUUGAACAAAGUAAUAAUAACUUGUUGGUUACCAAAUGUUUUGUGAAAUUAUUUCUACUAGAUAUUGUUUGAAUAAAUGAAAAAGACAUGUUUAUAUUUUCAAGGAAUUAAAGAGAAUUGCAGGGGCUUAUUUGAAGUUCAUGCUAAUUGAUUUUUGUAUUUAGACCCUUCAGAUAAAGUGAAUGAUAAUGUUGAAGUCCUUUUUUUUGGGGGGGGGGUGAUAUUAUAUGAGUGAUUCCACCAAGGUAAAGACAACAAAAUGAACAAAAAGUACAGCUAUUAUAAAGGCCUAACAUAUUCCUGUAUAUUACAAGUAAAUAUUUUAAUCAAAUAAUCAACACAAGAUACUUUUUGUAUAAUAAAACUUCAAGGCCAUGCUAUUUCAUGUCAUGAUAAAAUGCUUUUAAUUUGAAUGGUCUGGUACAAAUCUUAAUUUUUAUAGGGGGUAAAAGGUGAAUUUUGAUAACUUGUUCCAUUUUAAUAUGAUGUGAUUUAGGAGCCAUUUGAUAGAGAUAUAUAUACCUGUAUAUUUGACUUAUGUCAAGGUAACCCAGCUGGUCUAUAGUGUCUUACUUAUCACAUGAUUGGUAAGCUAAUAUAUGCAUUUUGUACCGUCCAUUAUGAUAUCCUGAGCCUUACAGUAGUCCGUUUUUUGGUAAAAAGUAUGUUCCUUUUUCAGGUUGAAAUAAACCAUGUAUGUCAAAGACAUGUCUAAAAUUCUGUUAUUAUUCUGCUGAAUACAGCAGUGUUUUAAAUAUAUAUAUAGUUUUACAAUUUUUAAGCACUAAAGUCAAAUCUGCUGAUUUUAAACUAUACUACCCAUGUACACACGAUCACAUUAACAAAUAAAACAAUUGACAACCGUU